GCCGGGCGCUAAGCCGCUCCGCGGCACCCAAGCGCCUCCUGGCGGUGCCGCGGGGGGCGGGGCUGCCGGCUGCGCGCUGCGCGCUGUCCCAGGUCCGAAACUAGUGCCCCAGGCGGCGACGAGCGCGAGGUGCCUGGCAGGGAUGCUGCGGGUUGGAGCGCCAACUGGGGACUUACCCUGGGCAGGAGAAGUCCACACCGGGACAACCAUCAUGGCAGUGGAGUUUGACGGGGGCGUAGUGGUGGGUUCUGAUUCCCGGGUGUCUGCCGGCAAGGCGGUGGUGAACCGAGUGUUUGACAAGCUGUCCCCUCUACACGAGCGCAUCUACUGUGCACUCUCUGGUUCAGCUGCUGAUGCCCAAGCCAUGGCCGACAUGGCUGCCUACCAGCUGGAGCUCCAUGGGAUAGAACUGGAAGAACCGCCUCUUGUUCUGGCUGCUGCAAAUGUGGUGAGAAAUAUCAGCUACAAAUACCGAGAGGACUUGUCUGCACAUCUCCUGGUAGCUGGCUGGGACCAACGUGAAGGGGGCCAGGUAUAUGGAACCCUGGGAGGAAUGUUGACUCGACAGCCUUUUGCCAUCGGUGGCUCCGGCAGCACCUAUAUCUAUGGUUAUGUGGAUGCAGCAUAUAAGCCAGGCAUGUCUCCCGAGGAGUGCAGGCGCUUCACCACAGACGCUAUUGCUCUGGCCAUGAGCCGGGACGGCUCAAGCGGAGGUGUCAUCUACCUGGUCACUAUUACAGCUGCUGGCGUGGACCAUCGAGUCAUCUCGGGCAACAAGCUGCCAAAAUUCUAUGAUGAGUGAACCUUCUUCAGAUCCGUUUCUUAUUUUGUAAUAAACUCUCUAGGACCAAAACCUCAUAUGGUCGUUGGGAAACGGACGCUCGGGGAGGGAGCUUCAUCCCUCCAAGUGUCAGCACACACUCUUUAUUCUUUUGUCCCAGGUCUAAAACAUCUUCCCCAGAGAAAAGAAUAGGGACUAAACUAGAAGUAUAAAGAGCCCCAUACAUGACAGGUCAUCACAUACUGAAUGAUGAUUUUUUUUUUUUUUUUUUUUUUUUGGAGACAGAGUCUUGCUCUGUCACCCAGGCUGGAGUAAAGUGGAGUGAUCUCAGCUCACUGCAAUCUCUGCCUCCUGGGUUCAAGCAAUUCUCCUGCCUCACCCUCCUGAGUAGCUGGAACUACAGGCACAUGCCACCAAGCCUGGCUAAUUUUUGUAUUUUUAGUAGAGACAGGGUUUCACCAUGUUGGCCAGGAUAGUCUCAAUCUCCUGACCUGGUAAUCCACCCGCCUCUGCCUCCCAAAGUGCUAAGAUUACAGGCAUUAGCAACCACACCUGGCUGAAUGAUUUUUAAGUAGUACGAACAAUAAAAAUUCUCAUUCUGAUGACCAAGGCAUGAGGAUGCAAGUGAGGAUGUGGGACUCUUUCCUUUAAGGUUAAGACUGACAGACAAGACACCUACAAAGGAGAAUUAGCUAAGACUAUCAGCAAACUUGCAUGUAAAAGAAUUCCUUUCAAAAUGCAUUCAUUCACAUUAAAAAGCAAUACAUGAAAAAUGCCUAAAUAUUUUGGGGCACUUGUGAAUUUCAAGGAAUAAUAACAAUAACCAAAAGAAGCUACGUUUGUGGAGCCAGGCAUUGGCUAGACGUUUCAUAAAUUUUAUCUCGCAAAAGUCAAAGCAAAGAACCCACUGUAUUCACACCUGUAAUCCCAGUACUUUGAGAGGUCAAGGCAGGAUGAUUGCUUGAGCCCAGGAGUUCAUGACCAGCCUGGGCAACAUAGUGAGACCCCCAUCUCUACGAAAAAAUUUUUAAAAGUAGUCAGGUGGCCGGGCGCGGUGGCUCAAGCCUGUAAUCCCAGCACUUUGGGAGGCCGAGGCAGGUGGAUCACGAGGUCAAAAGAUUGAGACCAUCUUGGUCAACCUGGUGAAACCCCGUCUCUACUAAAAAUACAAAAAAUUAGCUGGGCAUGGUGGCGUGUGCCUGUAAUCCCAGCUACUCAGGAGGCUGAGGCAGGAGAAUUGCCUGAACCCAGGAGGCGGAGGUUGCGGUGAGCCGAGAUCGCACCAUUGCACUCCAGCCUGGGUAACAAGAGCAAAACUCCACCUCAAAAAAAAAAAAAGUAGUCAGGUGUGGUGGUGCAUGCCUGUACUCCCUGCUGCUUGGGAGGCUGAGUGGGAGGAUCACUUAGGCCUGGAAGUUUGAGGCUGCAGUGAGUUGUGAUCACACCACUGUAUUCUAGUCUGGGUGACAGAGAAAGACCCUAUCUCAAAAAAAAAAAAAUGCCCAACCCUAUAUAGGUACUAUAUGACUUCUAUAGGACAGAUGGUGGUAUAUAAAGAUUAAAUCACUUGACCAAGGUCACAAAAUAAAUUCCGAGGCUGGGAUCUGGGAUUCAGUUUUAUUAUAUGCCCUUCCUCUACUACUACCUAAAACUUCUCUCUCCCUCAGUCCCCGUAGAUCAUCCUGAAAUCUGCAAUAAGUAUCCCCAGACAUUUGUUGCCACUUAAGAAACUGUUACCAGAUGCCUGAGUAACUGCAUUAAAAUGAAUAGAGUUCUCUUCUAUCUUUGCCCUGCACUCCCUGAGUGACCGAAACAUGAUUCACCUUCUGUGAACUCUCAUGUCCUUUUCUGUCAAAAGAAGGUGCUGAAUGAUUUCUAAGGUAGUUUACAGUUCCAACAUUCAAUGCCAUUUGGCUAACAAGUGGGCAGUCAACAGGCACAUUCAACAGAAAUGCUAAUAGGAUCUCAGGCUAAACAUACAAAUUCAAAAUACUCUAAAACAGCCACAUGCCCCUGGACUGUAAAUAAACAUCUGAAAUUACA